AUGGCCGUCAGCUCGCCAUUGUCUGUCUUGCCUUAUCGGGACUCCCAUAGUCCAUUUGUCCAGUCCGAUUCAAUGUUGACGAGGGGUUCGUCUACCUCGGAAAACGUUAAGAGCGCUUUUCCCGACAAGUCAAACGCUUCGAACACAGCUGGGGAAACACAAAAGAGACACGAGCAGCAGGAGAUCGGUUUCGGUGACUUGAGUUCAAACGAGGGCGUUUCGAGCAAUCACGAGGCACAGCCUGUUCAGGCAUCGUUGGAGCCAGAACCGAGACAGGGAAUAUCACCCUACCUUGGCUUAAAAAUCCAAACUUCGCAAAUGGAUCGGGCGGGACCAGUCGCGCGAUCCGAUGAGGAUGAACCACCACAAUCGGUUAUUCACGCCCCCGCAGGCUUUGGCGAAUUUUCUCGAUUAGGACAGACGGCUGAGGAAUCAUGCGAAGAUCAAAACUCGCCCUCCACAACCGAGCCGAAACAGAGUCACCCAGUCGAUACUUUGGAGGUCGCGCUCAAGAUUUUUCUGAUCGUGCGACUCCUCGGGCACAAACAAUGCAAGAAUUUGAAGAAUCCGGGCGACGCACGCGCUCAAGUAGUUUGGAAGCCGAAAGACAUCCCAGAAGGUAGCGAAUUUAGAUCAUACUUGGCAAUGAAUCCAAGCAUGGGAAGUGACACCCCGCAAGGGCAGUUUGGUAUCAACGGCGUAGAGAUCAAUGCCCUGCGCACAGCUCUCACUGAAUGCUGGACUCUUUGCAAUACGUUGUCUAAUCUGAGUUAUAUCAACCGAGGCCGACCCCAAGAUGGCAUGCAAGACGACGCGUGGAGAUCCUGCUGGAGACUGUGUCAGAAGCUUUAUGACACCCGCGAUGAUGAGUAUUGGUCGCAGGUCGUUCCUACGCUGGACUUAUGCCGAGAUUUCUGCCAGGCCUUGUUUGAGGUGCGGGUCUGCGAUAGUGAAUCAACCGACUCGGUACUGCGAGUGAGCUUUGAGUUGAACAAUCACCUAUACAACACACAUGACCGCAACCUCCCUGAUGCAUUUCGAGAGCGAACCUUGGAUUUCUACAUUACUCUGUGCCAUCGGCUCAUGAAGCAGAGGACCCGUUUGACCGAAACAGAUUCCCUGCUGAGCGCUUGUUGGGCUUUGGCUGAAAUGCUAUUUAGUAUUCGGCAGGCUAAAAGAGAAGGAAGGGAGCCAGACGAGGAACUACUAGGCUCAGCAGUCCAGGCAUGUUGGGAACUUUGCGACAUAUUUCGUGAGGGCUGGACCCUGCACAGCAUGCGCAGCUCGGACCGAGGCACUCCACGCCCAAGUCAAGCAACUUUUGCCCAGGCAUUCCAGCAAGUGUCUCAACAAUCCGAGAUUGACUACAGCGAUGAUUCACUAGUCCAAACGCCAAAUCCGGAAACCCCAACGACUAUCUUUGAUGACACUGCGACGGCGUCUCCAGAUGAAGCAUCCGUCCCAAACAUUCUGGUGCUGGGUCAUGGAUCUGGUCAUACCCCGCCUCAUUCUAAAUGGCCUUCCAGUGUGUCCAAUGUGUCUGAAAAGUCCCGCUCCUCCGGGCAAACAGUUUCAUCCGCAAACACUGUGACAACUACGUCGGAGAACCCUCAUUUUACGCGCCUCAAAGUGCUGAUCACGAAGGCCGCGAUCAAUAGCGGCUACCAGCGAGGAGCCUCUCAGCCUCUAAGCUCAUUCGUGAAAUCCCUACCUUCAGAUGCCUUUGGUGCCGCGCCGUGGCAACUGUCCUUGCUGAAAAAUUAUCGGAAACUCGUGGUGUAUGACCCUGCCUUCCGUAGCGCUGGCUUUCAUGCCCGUGUCAGCGCUGUCGAUGUGGCACAUGCCUGUCAGACCAUGACUCAAAAUGGACAAUACUCGUGGCUACGCGAUCUUUACCGCCUCGUCUUUGGAUUCCAUCUUGAGGAAGCUCUGAGUCGAAAGGGCGUUGUUAUCCAAACUUAA